AUGAGCUCGAUUCAAAUCCCCAUCGACGCGAUCACCUCGCGAUUCGGAGACCGGUUCAACAGCCUUCGCUCCCAGUCGUUGGGAUCGCGGUUCGCCAACCUUCGUCCCAUCUCCGAAUUUCUAGACUUCAAGCGGAUCUCGAAGCCUGCCAACUUCGGCGAAACCCAGAGCCGAGUCAACUACAAUCUAUCCUACUUCUCGAGCAACUAUGCCGCCAUCUUUGUGCUGCUCAGUAUCUACAGUCUUUUGACCAACCCGAUGCUACUCUUCGUCAUAGUCUUGGUUACUGGCAGUCUUUGGGGAAUUGGGAAGCUCGAUGGUCGUGAUCUUGAUCUUGGCUUUGCCCGUUUUAACACCUCCCAGCUCUACACCGGUUUACUACUUGUCGCGGUGCCUCUGACCUUCUGGGCUUCCCCCAUUUACACGUUCUUUUGGCUCGUCGGAGCCACUGGUGUGACCGUGUUUGGUCAUGCCGCCUUUAUGGAUAAGCCUAUCGAGAAUGCUUUUUCCGAGGAGGCGGUCUAG